GUUGCCUUCAAACAAUAAAAUUGAUUUAUUGUUUUAAAAAAUGUUACAUUGAUUAAAAUUGUUAAUUUUUUUUGAUGAUAAAAUCUAUGAAAGGAUAAAAGAUGGAUAAAAACGAUAUAGAAACUAUUAUAAAAGGCCUGAAAUCUACUUCAUCAACUCGUAUUCAAGACACUCUAUUAAAAAUUAAAAAUAAUGUAAUUACCAGUAGUCAGGGUCUGAAAACAUUUAGAGACUGUGGUGGCUUACAUAGUUUAUUACCUCUUCUUCGAAAACCAAAUGAAAGGAUGUUGAAUACAACUCUAAGUAUCCUUGGCAAUUGCUGUAUAGAUGAAGAAAGCAGUCUUAUGGUUGGAAAAUCAAAUAUAUUUCGCCCUUUAAUAUCUAUAUUAAAGACUGUAUAUCGAGACAGUAUAUUAGGAAGGACCUGUAGGUUAAUAGGCAAUUUAGCACAAAGACAUUCCAAUGCUAAAGGAUUACAUGAUCAGGGAGCAGUAGAAGUGAUUGUUGCUUUAAUUGAAAAUAGAGACAACAACACAUCAAUUGCUACAUUAACAAUGGCUGUUCGUGCAAUUAGGCAACUUUGGAUGGUAACAGACAAAAGGGAGGAAAUGCUAAGUGUAAAUGCUGUAAAAUGUGUUGCUGUAUUGUUAACAGUGCAAUGUGAAUCUGCCGGUAUCCUAGAUUCACCUAAUCCCAUUAGUGAAGUAGAGGAAUUAGGGAAAAGCCAAGAGGAACUCAUUAAUGGUAUUCUAAAAUGCUUAGGAUAUUUUACAACAUACUCUAAUAAACAAUGCGCUGAACAGAUACAGGGUGAUGGCAGGGGAUACAAGUGUUUAGUUGCGUUGACAAAAUUAUUUGAGUCUACUGCACUAAAAUGUUUAACCAAUUUAUGCCAUAUCACAUAUUCUCUGCCUCUGUUAGGCACAGCCGGCUUUGUGGAAUGUUUAGUUGAGAUAUUGCAAAAACUAUCUGAUGUAUCAUGGUGGCCGGAGGGAUCAGGAAAGGCUCUUGCCCUAUUGAGCAGUGACUCACUAAAUCGACUUCGCAUCCGCGAAUGCGAUGGCUUGGCCCUACUUAUAUCAGCAGCAAGAGUCAACACAAAUGUCAUGCAUUCUUUCAUUAAAUACUAUUUUGAUUCCAUAGCAUUCGAAAUUUUCGUUAACGUGGGUCUAAUAAAUUUACUAACAGAAAAAUUAAAUGAGCAUGUUUCAACAAUGGAUAUUGAACACAAGAAAAGAUGGGAAACUGAUAAAUAUAAUUCAGAACCAAAUUUAGCAUUACUUAAAAUGAUUGAAGGUUCUAGGGAUAGUAUCGACAGAUACGGUAAUAUAAGGAGCAAAAAUAAGCCAGUAACGUAUGCUGAGUUAGUACGUAGCAGGAGGAAUAAUUAUGUGAGAUGCGAACAUAAGACCGAUGGAUGGCUAUUUCAAGUCCUACCGUCUACUCCAGAUCCAAAUGACUUGUAUCCUUUGUCACCUUGUUCCGACAUGAAUCAAUCUGGACCGGCAAGUCCUGAAUACGGACCGGCAAGGAAAAAGAUGCGAUAUGACUGGAGUCCAGAGUCCAGUGUCAGCGCGGGUGAGGGUAGUUCUGCAUCGCCGUACUGGGCUGAUUGGAGUCCUCAAAGUUCCAGUAGUCCUACUUCACCAUUAAGUAUUAGUGAAGAUAGUGCAGAUUCAGAGAUAUCUGGUAGAUAUUCGCCGGUGUGUAGUGAGCCGGAGGCAGACGGUAGCGCGUCCAAACUGACCGCGAACAAACUCCUCAAUCUAGAAGCUUCCGAAGUCGACCACGAUUCAGAUGAGUUAGAUACGGCUGAUGAUAAAAGUGAAGAUGAUCAAGAAAAUUCACAAGAAGAAGAUGAUGAUGACGAUGAUGAUGAUAACCAUAACGUGGUCAUGAACUUCAAAUUGACGGACAUAGGGUGUGUUUUUAUUCUACUACUCCGAGUGGCGAGUAAAGAGUCACUAGAAACGGAAAAUGAAAUAGAUCCAGAUGAUAAGAUAUAUUUACUGUCUAGACCGGAUUGUUUUAAUGGACUAUUGAACUAUGUCGAACGUUCCAAUUCUACUUUCAGAGAACCCUCACGUUUACUAAAGAGAAUUGCGAGCAGUCCUCUUUCUUUUAUGAAUGUGUUAAAAGAAAGAUUUCCACUUAGAUUGUAUAAUACAACACAGAAUUCGAAACAUCCUAGGAACGAAUGUUCACAAUGUGUUGAGAUUUUUAAAUUAUACUCGAAACUCCUAGCUCGUUUAACAAUAAUGGCGGAAUCUAGCUACGGAAUAGGCGAGAUAUGCUAUCAAUUGCAAAAGGGGAGCCCGGACGUUAAACAAACAAUAACCAUUACACUACCCUUUCUAGUAUGCGUACCAAACCUUUUAAAGAAAUAUUUCAUUGAUUGCAACGCGUUGACUAUGUUACUUACUAUAAUCUCCGAAUCCAGCGAAGACAGUGAAAUCGCCAUUGCGGGGUUAAUUAAGUUAGCUAAUAAUUUAAAUAUUAAGGAUCCAAGGAUUUUACAGAAUAGAUAUAAAGAUAAGGUAUCCAUUAGUUACGAUCCAAUACUCGAUAAUCUCUUAGACAAUGAUAUUGUUACUUUCGAAUUAGACGAUUUGAGUACAGUUAGAGCUAACAAAUUGUUCCUCUGUCAGAAUUCCGAAGUGUUUACUGCAAUGUUGAAGGGAUGUUUUAUGGAAUCCGGUAAAAGUUGUGUACGAUUGCGACAAGCGACAAAAUCGGCGCUCGAAUAUUUGUUUACGCUGUUACAAAAUGGUUUGAACGACCCAAAAAGCGAAGUUGUAGUAUUUCCAACGGAAACCUUGGAGAUAUGUCUCGAAGCGUUAUUAUUAGCCGAUAGAUUCUUAUUUGAAACGCUAAAAGAUAUGUUAAUUAGUGGUAUUGUGCAGUUUUGUCUCUGCCCAGAAUCCGUUGAAAGAAUUUACACAUGGUCGUUAAGCGAUGGUAUGGGAUUUUUAUCCGUUGAAGUAACUUCAUAUUUGUUGAUGGGAGAGAUGAGUAAAAUCGAAUGUUCACGUUUCUUUACGAAUAUCCUUUCUUCGAAGUAUAAAGAUCAAUGUCUUAAUGAUAUAAAGUCAAUGCUUACGAGGGAACUGGUAAAAUAUUAAAACAACUUUCGCCUAAUAACUUGCCAUUACGAUACAUAACACAUUGUAUCUUUAGAAAUUCGACUACUGUUUAUAGAAGUACUCCUACACUACUAAGUAGUAUGGUUUAUUAAUACUUUAUUAUCGUACCACCGUUCUUACACGUCAACGUAAAAAAUGUAUUUAACUAAGUAAGAUAUAUACAGGUGAUUCUUAACGGACUGAUCAACGGUUUUGUGGAGGUAGCAGACCUCAAUAGCUAUCAUUAAACGCAAAGAAUGUUGCCCGAUUUUCUAUAGUAUAGACAUGGGCGAAGUUUUUGAAAAAUCUUAUAGAAAAAAAGUUGGUGUAAAUAAAAUAGUUAAAGAAAAAAAUGAUCACUGUAAAUACAUUAUUUUGGACGUACGAUCAAAUUUACCGAAACCUAUUUUUUCCGAGUUUUUUACAAAAAAUUAAAUAACUUUAAAACUAUAGAAAACCAAGCAACAUACUUUGUGUUUAAAUAAUCUCUCUUGUGGUCCUCUACCUCCACAAAACCGUUGAUCCGACCGUUAAGAAUCAGCCUGUAUAAACGUCUCCAAUAGGAUUCGAACCUCACGUACAUUUAAUUUCCAAAUUAUUGUAUGAUAUUUAAGGUUUAAAAAUAUUUAUACUGCAGUAAGUAAAAAGAGCGUUGGAGAUUCAGAAGUUUAAACACUUGACUUCUUAUCCUGGGUUCGAAUCCCGCCAUGUACCAAUGUGAAUUUAAAUUUUCGAUUUUCAUAUGUACUCAUAAUUUAUCCUGUACAUAUCGACGAAAAAAGUUUAAGAUAUGUUAAGUCAACCAACAUGCAGUGAGCUAGAGUGGCUGACAUGUCCUAGUCGCCUCUAACUUACGAUAGGCUCUGAGCCAUUCAGUGGGGACAUAUGAUAAGUGAGGAGAUAAUAGUGCAUGUGAUAAAAAUAUUUUAGUUAUUAUUAUGGAGAUUAAGUUGCUAGGGUGGGCUUAAAAAUGUAUAAUGCAUGUGCUUGUUUCCAGUGUUAUAGUGUUAGAAUUAGUUGAUUUUUAUAUUUCCUUAUUGUGUGAAUAGCAAUACUAUGUAUUUUAGCACUCUAUGUUUAGUAAAUAAUAGUUUUAUUUAUUGUCUGUAAAUUUAUCUAAACUAUAGUUUAUCUAAAUAAGGUUGAGUAGUUUGACACAUCUUUAGGAAUUUUUACUCACAUAAAAGUUGG